CCGGGCAGUCAACCAGCCUUCUGUCGCGCCGUCGUUUUCGUUCGUUCGUUCCCGACCAAGCUCUUGGCUAUGGCCGCUUGCUGGGCACCGACAUCGUCCUCUCCAUCGUCCUGGGGGUGGGACAAUAGCAGCACCAGCCUCUUGAUGAGCGAUGGGAUCGUCGCGGCCACGGCGGUGGCGGCGGUGAAUUCGUCCAGGCAGCAGCAGCAGCAGGAGCAGCAGCACAAUGCGGGCAAUUCGAUGGUCGUGCCGCCCACCUCGAGCUCGCCCAGCGCUAUGGGUCUCAAGCUGGGCAAGAGGAUCUACUUCGAGGACUCGCCAAAUGGAGCUCCGACCGCGAGUGCUCCGCAAGAAACCAGUGCUGCUACUGCGAUCGUCGCGAGCCCGCCGACGAGGAAGAAGCAGCGGGGCGUAGCGCAGCCGGCGGCGACGCCCAGAUGCCAGGUCGAUGGCUGCGGCGCGGAUUUGAGCGGAUCCAAGGGCUACCACCGGCGGCACCGCGUUUGCGAGCUCCACUCCAAGGCGCCCAAGAGCAUCGUCAAGGGGCAGGAGCAGCGAUUCUGCCAGCAAUGUAGUAGGUUCCAUGGAUUGGGGUAUUUCGACGAGGGAAAGAGGAGCUGCCGGCGGCGCUUGGCGGGUCACAACCAGCGGCGGAGGAAGCCCCCUCCGCCCGAUCCAUUCGUGAUCCCUUCCUCGAUCUUGGGAUUCUCCUCCUCCGGGAAUUUCAUGAAUCCUCCACAGCAUUUGCUCGAUGGGAGCUUCAUCGUGAGCAAGAACAACUGGCCCUCGUCUUCCUCUUGCCGAUACGAUCAGCUCGCGGCCUACAAUCACUCCAAUUUCUUGCUCAAAUCCAAGCAGGACAUGAUCGCCAGCCACGGCGUGUACCAGUUCCUCAAAUGCCACGCAGCGGCCUCAUCGCCAUCGCCGCCAUCCUCCUCCCAAUCUCCAUCCCCGGUCGCGAAAUCAUCCAUCGUGAUGGCGUCGCCGCUGGAGCCCGGGGCGAUCAAUCAUCCCACCACAAGCGAUGCUCUCUCUCUUCUGUCAGCCUCCGAGCAGUGGGGGUCUUGCUCCUCGUCGUCGCCGUCGCCGCCGGUCGCGAGCUCGAUGAUCGCUCACAACAAGCCCAUGAAAGUGGAUGAAUCGUCGUUCCAGCUACAGCUCUAUCACAGCGAUCCGGAUCAUCAGCGCCACUACCAGCAGCAAAGGUUCGUGGGCGGGAUCAGCGAUCUCUUCCAGUUCCAAAAGCCCACGGCGCUACUGCAGGAAUCUCAUCAAGCUUUUGAUGCCUGAGAAAAAAAACAGAGUGGAUCACUGUGGGAUCAAUCACUGGUUCGUGUCCGCCGUACUAGCGUACGGGGGAGAGACAAUUCGCGUGCCAUGUUUUUCUCUUUCUUUUUCUGAUUGAAUGGUGUUGCUGUAUGCUAUUGAUCUUGUUGAUUUGGUUUGUUUCAUGUCCUUGUAAUUUCUUGGAUGGUUUUGUUGCUAAUCUGGGUGGGCGGGAAAGCUUGCAUUGCCUACUGGGUCUGUGGAUGUCUGAAAUAUUUUAUACAAGAAACGCCUUUGAUAA